AUGUUUCCUAAUAACCUAGAAAAUGGAAAUGAAAAAAAAUCAUUUAUCAUUUCCCACCUUGAAGACUAUGACAUCAGUCCAAAAACUGGAUUUCUUCAAUCUACUCCCCCCCUACGUUGUCUACCUGAUACUUAUUAUGAGCCAUGGGAAAACUUGAUUGACAAUUUUCACAACUUAUUGUUAACUGGCCGUCUAAGAGAGUCUGUUGGAAUGUUACCAAUAUUAAGAACGGAUAAACUUAAAAACUCUGCAGAAUAUAAACGUGCUUUUUUGGUUUUAUCAAUAUUAGCACAUGGUUAUGUUCGAGGGAAAUAUGAUGAAUCUGUGAUCGAUAGUAUACCAGCUUGUAUUGCUAUACCAUGGGUCAAAAUAUCUGAUUAUCUUAAUGUGGCACCAGUAAUGAAUCAUGCGGCUUUAACGUUAUGGAAUUGGCGUUUAAUCUCUCCUGAUGAAGAACCAACUCUGACUGCGAUUAUUUCUGCGAUACAAUCUGCUCAUGAUAAAAACAAUAGACAACUGAUUGAAUCUUUAAAAACUAUUAGUUCAACCAUUGAUGAAAUCACCAAAGUUCUUCUUCGGAUUUAUGAAAAAUGUGAUUCUUAUAUCUUUUAUCAGAAGAUACGACCUUAUUUGUCUGGUUGGUAUAAUGAUGAAGAUUUACCAAAUGGAUUGAAAUACGAAGGUGUGGAUGGAUGUGAUGAAAAUGGAAAUCCUACUUAUCGCCAGUAUGGUGGUGGAAGUGCUGGUCAAAGCUCAUUGAUCCAAUCAUUAGACAUUGCACUUAAUAUUGAACAUCAUCCAACUGUCACUAAGCCAAUUACAAACAAUAUUAACAAUUAUAAGUAUUCUCAUGAGCCAUCUAAUGAAACCCUCAGUAACAACUAUAAUAAUACAAGCAAAAAAGGACAGAAUAUACAGCAGCAGCAACAGCAACCUUAUAUUUACAAGAUUCGUCAAAACAUUCCUGGGAAUCAUCGAAGAUUUCUUGAAGAUUUGACAAAAGCUGCAAUCAUACGUGAUUAUAUUAUAUCAUGUAUUGAAUGUGAUGGUGAUAUGGAAAUAGAUGGUAAAUUAGACAGUAGUAAAAUCGCUGAAAACAAUGAAUUGGUUGAAGCCUACAAUGACUGUUUAAAUAAAAUGGCAAUUUUCAGAUCCAAGCAUUUACAAAUUGUUUGCGUUUACAUUAUUCAAGCACGUAAUAAAAGUUCAAAAGUGGAACUAGAUUCUAAUAAUAAAGAUGUUACCAAUGGUGCUGUCACUAGUGGUUCAAUUAUAAAUGGUUCAAUUACAAAUGUUAGAGGCACUGGUGGAACUGAUUUAAUGCCUUUUUUGAAACAGAUGAGAGAAGAAACUAAAUCUAAAGAGAUUAAAAAUUUUAAGGGAUCAUCUGAUUUCAAAGAACAAAAAAAAAUAACUAGGAC